AUGAAUGACGCCAUCAAGGAGAGGAUGAGGAUGGGGAUGAAUGACGUCAUCGAGGAGAGGAUGAGGGUGGAGGUGAAUGACGCCAUCGAGGAGAGGAUGAGGAUGGGGAUGAAUGACGUCAUCGAGGAGAGGAUGAGGGUGGAGGUGAAUGACAUCAUCGAGGAGAGGAUGAGGGUGGAGGUGAAUGACAUCAUCGAGGAGAGGAUGAGGGUGGAGGUGAAUGACGCCAUCGAGGAGAGGAUGAGGAUGGGGAUGAAUGACGUCAUCGAGGAGAGGAUGAGGGUGGAGGUGAAUGACAUCAUCGAGGAGAGGAUGAGGGUGGAGGUGAAUGACAUCAUCGAGGAGAGGAUGAGGGUGGAGGUGAAUGACGCCAUCGAGGAGAGGAUGAGGGUGGAGGUGAAUGACGCCAUCAAGGAGAGGAUGAGGAUGGGGAUGAAUGACGUCAUCGAGGAGAGGAUGAGGGUGGAGGUGAAUGACGCCAUCAAGGAGAGGAUGAGGAUGGGGAUGAAUGACGUCAUUGAGGAGAGGAUGAGGGUGGAGGUGAAUGACAUCAUCGAGGAGAGGAUGAGGGUGGGGAUGAAUGGUGUCAUCAAGGAGAGGAUGAGGGUGGAGGUGAAUGACAUCACCAAGGAGAAGAUGAGGGUGGGAAUGAAUGAUGCCAUCAAGGAGAGGAUGAGGAUGGGGAUGAAUGACGCCAUCAAGGAGAGGAUGAGGAUGGGGAUGAAUGACGCCAUCGAAGAGAGGAUGAGGGUGGAGGUGAAUGACGCCAUCGAGGAGAGGAUGAGAGUGGGGAUGAAUGACAUCACCACGUCUUCAGACGCAAGCGUAUCAGGAUGGCUGGAGAAUCCCAUCACCUGA